ACAUGUGCUGGGCGAGCGGGCAACACUAGCGCCGAGCUACUGGCGGGGCGCGGACGCACGAUACUGUCAACAAAACUAUCGCAACCAGCGUCCGACCCGCGAAUACCGGCGAAUCACUCCAUUACACCAUGCGACGACGCACCGACAGCAUGUGAACGGACUUUUAAUAGAACACUCCGACAUCCGCGCUCGUAGUAAUUGUAACAUCAUAAAUGUUGGUGGGCACCCUCGAGCAGCCGCAGCCCAGCCAUGAGCAUCAGCAGCAACUGGAGGGAGUACCUGGCGGCGCUCAGCGCGACGCUGAUCACGGCGGCGGCGGGCACCACGGUGGGCUGGACCUCGCCCACGCUGCCGCUGCUGCUGGACGGGGCCUCCCCCAUCCCCACCACCCGCGACCAGGCCUCGUGGAUCGCCUCGCUCAUGAUCUUGUGCUCAGCUGUGAGUCCCAUCCCGGCGUCCUACCUGGCCGACCGCAUAGGUACCAAGAAGACUCUCCUCCUCGCAGCCAUCCCCUACAUCGUGGGCUGGGUGCUCGUGAUGCUGGCCAGCAACGUGUUAACCAUCUACGCUUCCCGCCUAGUCUCAGGACUCGGCUACGGCAUCGCCUACACGGCGGCGCCCAUGUAUCUAGGCGAGAUCGCCUCAGACGAGGUCCGUGGCGCCAUGGCCACACUCAUCACUGUUAUGUCUAAGUUCGGUAUCCUGUCGCAGUACUUGAUCGGUCCCUACGUGUCCAUGCUGGGGCUGGCCAGCUUCAACAUCGCGAUCCCCAUCCUCUUCGUAGUAACGUUCACUGCCAUGCCUGAAUCUCCCUACUACUUCCUCAAGACGAAAAACCCCGACGAAGCGGAAAGGUCCCUAAAGAAGCUCAGGGGGAAAGCGUACAUUCGCGGAGAGUUGGACAGUAUGACGCAUCUAGUGAAUGAGAACAUGAAGGAGGACAGCAGCUGGGGGGAUCUGUUCACGGUGGGAGGCAACAGGAAGGGGCUGAUAAUCCUGAUGGGGAUCUACUUCACGCAGCAGUUCUGCGGCAGCACGGCGUUCAUUGCGUACGCGCAGGAGAUCUUCGCGGCGGCGGACGGCGGGCUCGGCGCCUCGGAGUCGUGCAUGCUGUUCGGGACAGUGCAGCUGCUGACGUCAGCACUGUCCUCGCAGCUGGUGGACCGCCUCGGCCGCAAGCCGCUCCUGCUGGUGUCCUCCUGCGGCGUCGGCCUCUCCAACCUCAUCAUCGGCGCCUACUUCUUCAUGAAGCACGAGAGCAGCGAGCUCGUCGCCGCCGUCCGCUUCAUUCCAAUCGUUGUGAUACCGAUCUUCAUAUUCUCCUACACGAUCGGGCUGGCGACGGUGCCGUUCGCGAUCACGUCGGAGAUAUUCCCCACUAAUAUUAAGUCGAAGGCGACGUGUGUGAUACAGAUAUUUGUGGCGCUGAUGACGUUUGCGGUGACGAAGUUGUACCAGGUGGUGGCGGACGGGCUGGGGCACUACGUGGCGUUCUGGGGGUUCGGGGCGCUGUCGCUGGCGGGCGUGGCCUUCAUCCUCGCCCUGCUGCCCGAGACCAAGGGGCAGUCCUUCGCCUCCAUCCAGGAGAAACUCUACUCGAAGAAGAAGUCUGUACUUAAGCAAAGCGAGAGCCUAAUGGGCAGCACACAUUUUAACAUUUAACUAGAAUGAUCUCAGAGUGCCGGCGGAGGUGGUGUAAUACUUAUUAUUAUUAUAACUAGGUAUAUAGAUGUAACUUAAUCACGUACUUAGUGAGCCGUCCGUGAGAUUUCAUACAUUCCUACACGAUGCAUGCAGAAGAAGAGGUAUGUCACGGACAUUGUUGUGUGAAUUUUGGUAUUUUAUUAUAAUUUAUUUCAGUAUGUGUUGGUACCUUAAGUACUGGAUUUACGGCUUAUAGCGGGUCUAACUAAGCUCUUUGAUUAGAAUAUAAGAAAUUAUUAAUUUAAGUUUUAAAACCAAAUUAAGUUUAAGGUUUUUAUGGUUACUAACCAGUGUUUAUCUAAUUUAAGAUUUAUAGUAAGUUUUAUAAACAAACAUUUCUUAUGAAUGAUAGUGAGAAAGGGCACAAAAAUAUUACCUAUACUUAUGUGAAUCGAUGUAUGAGUGCCUUAAUAUAAGUACAACUACUGUGUAAGUGAAAAUUAUAUUUAAGAGCUCUAAAUAUUUUUAUAAAAAUAUAUUAUUAAUUAUUACCAAACUGUACCAUGGCAAUUUUAACAAAAUAAUUAUAUGCAUACUUUAAAUCAUAAUAUCUACAUUGUUAAUGGAAAAUAUUUAAAAUAUCAUGAAUAUCAAAUGAACAAUUUACAAUACCUGUCUUCCAAUUAAAAUUUUGUGGUUCAAUAUAUUUACAAUACAACCAGAAAUGUU